AUGUAUAGUUUCUCUAAAUCUCUCCUACAUGGCAUAAAACAUGUACCAUCUGGAAAAUCUCCUGCUGCAAACAAUAACUCUAAUGAACCUUCAACAAACUCAACCUCUCAUCAUUUGGGCUCCUCCUCUCCGUCUUCCUCCUUCCCUUUAAAUCCAUAUACUAUAGCCUCUAAUGAACUUAAAAGAUUCCUUAAACCCUCUAUUAUCAAUAAAUCCAAGGAUAGAUCUUCUCCUUUUGCUUCUUCUUCAACAAAUAACAUUACUACCAACGCAACGCUCACUCUUUCUGCUCCUCUAGAACAGACUAAACAAAAAUCAAAGAAAAUCACCACAAAGACCAAUACUGUCUUGGAAUUGGAAGAUAUCAAAAAUAGGUACGGUGAAAUCGGCAAACUAUUGGGGUCUGGUGCAAAUGGUUCUGUCCAUAUCAUCACUAGACAAUCAGAUCAAGUCAAAUUUGCUAUUAAACAGUUCAGUCCAAAACAUUCGACUGAAACUCAGGCACAGUAUUUUAAACGUUGUAAUCAGGAAUAUUUAAUUGGUUCCUCCUUGACCCAUACAAAUAUAGUACAUAUUUUAGAUUUUAUUAUGGUUCCAAAGGACGAAUCUCCUACCUCUUCUCAACAUCUCAACUCUCAUUCCAAUUCUCACUCUCACUCUUCAAGUAAUGCCUCAUCUUAUCUAUACUACGAAAUCAUGGAAUUCUUACCUAUUGAUUUAUUUGAUGUUGUAAUGAGCAAUGAAAUGUCUAGAUACGAAAUCAAUUGUUGUUUUAAACAGUUAUUGGAGGCCGUGGAUUUCCUACAUCAACAGGGUGUCGCCCAUCGUGAUUUAAAAUUAGAUAAUUGUUGUAUGACAAAGGAUGGCAUCCUAAAAUUACUUGAUUUCGGAUCUGCUUUUGUCUUUCAUUACCCUUUCGAACCCAAGAAGAGGAUGGCUACCGGUGUAAUGGGCAGUGAUCCAUACUUGCCACCUGAAUUAUACUGUAACGAUGGAAACUCCCACAGUUUUUCAAGCGAUGAAUAUGAUCCAUCAAAAGUAGACGUAUGGUCAUUAGCCAUAAUAUAUUGUUGUAUGAUACUCAAAAGAUUUCCGUGGAAGAAACCAUGUGCCAAUGAUCCAAGUUUCAAAAACUUUUUGAUGCCAGACAAUGAGCCACAUGAUUAUGUUGCCUCUGCACGUACACAUGAAGAAUUAGUACAGAAAAGAAAACAAUUACGUAAUGUGGGACAAGAUCCAUCGCAGAUUAAAUUCCCUGAUCAUUUAAGACAAAAAGUACAUCCAAAGGAUCUACAUGGACCAUACAGUCUAUUUAGAUUGCUGCCACAUGGAUGUAGGCCCAUAAUAUCAUGUAUGAUGGCUAUUGAUCCAAAGGAAAGACCGACAAUGAAAGAAAUAAUGGCAGAUCCAUGGGUUCAAUCGAUUGAUAACUGCACAAUAGAUUCGCAGACGCACAAGACAGUAAGAGCUAAGGGGCACCAUCAUACUGUAGUUAUGGGUGAUAUUCCUUCUUAUAAAGUAUAA